AUAAAAGUGAUGACUAAAGACAGAUUAGCAGCGCUUAAAGCCGUCCAGACCGAUGAGGAUUCGGUAUUCAUUGGUCUCGACGAAAGGGGCGGUUAUAUGGAUGAGUUCUUCCGGGAGGUGGAACAGAUUGGCGACAACAUCGAGAAGAUGCAGACCAGUGUCGAGGAGGUGAAGAAAAUUCAUUCGGCAAUAUUGAGUGCACCGCAAACUGACGAUAAAGUCAAACAACAAAUGGAUGAUCUGAUGGCCGAAAUCAAGAGGAUAGCCAACAGAGUACGGGAAAGAUUAAAAGUAAUGGAGCAAACUAUAGAACAAUUAGAACAGACAUCAAUGAUGAGCGCCGACUUCAGGAUCCGGAAGACACAGCACUCGAUGUUAUCGCAAAAGUUUGUCGAAGUUAUGACCGAUUAUAAUAAGACACAAACCGAUUAUCGGGACCGAUGUAAAGCUAGAAUACAGAGACAGUUAGAAAUAACCGGUCGAUCGACCACUGAUGAUGAACUCGAGGCGAUGAUCGAAAGCGGAAAUCCAGCUAUUUUUACACAAGGAAUUAUUACCGACACUCAACAGGCCAAACAAACGCUGGCCGAUAUCGAGGCCCGACACGCGGACAUUAUUAAAUUGGAAAGCAGUAUACGGGAAAUGCACGACAUGUUCAUGGAUAUGGCUAUGCUUGUCGAAAGUCAGGGCGAAAUGAUUGAUAGCAUUGAACGACACGUGCAAAGCAGUACCAAUUACGUAGAGACAGCUAAAACUGUUACGAAAAAAGCGCGUGAAUAUCAACGCAAGUCACGUAAGAAGUCGAUUCUGGUGUUAAUCGGUGUAAUAAUUUUGAUUGCAGUCAUAGUCCUUAUUCUUUGCUCUGUUUUUAAAGUAUUUUAAUUAAAAUUAUAAUUAAAAAACUAAAUAUUUAAAAAUAAAAAAAUUAAGUC